AUGGUGUGCAUUCCUUGUAUCGUCAUUCCAGUUCUCCUCUGGGUCUACAAGAAAUUCCUUGAACCCUAUAUCUAUCCCGUUAUCGCACCUUUCAUUAAGCGUGUAUGGCCCAAGAAAGCUGUGCAAGAAACAACAGCCACAAAGCAAGGUGAAGGAGGCAUCACUCGAAAUCCACGGGCACGUUCAGCCGCAACAAGAGAACAGGAGGAUGAAUCUGGAAUUUACAACUUUGAGAGCAACGGCGUUGUAAAAGGAAUUGCUGCAGAGAGAUCCACAGACGUUUCUGACAAGAAAACAGAUCCUCGAACCGUCACUGAGGUCCAGGCUUGUUCUUGUGACCGUGUUCUCGCCUGUCAGAUGACCAGUGGUUCCAAAGACUUGCUUGUUGCCCACCAGAUGCCUCUG